AUGAUGGACUCCCAAAUCGUUGACAUAGUACAAGUGUACCCCGACUCGUACACUCAAGAGAUCGAAUUAACCCCCAUGUACUGUCUCGAAACAACGAAAGACAACACAAAGGGAUGCUUAAAUGUGAUGCGAGAUUUUGUCAAUAGCCAACUUCGUAACAGUUAUAAUCAUUUAAAAAGGUGUCGAAAAGUAAACGAGGAGAAUGUUCAAAUACUUGUGGGUUUCUCUGCCGAACUGCCAGACGAUUUACUUAGCAAAGUUGUGCAAAUAAAUGGAGGGAAACCAAUUACCAUAACAAUGGUACAUGCAUCCAAGCACCCCCCGAUGACGAGAAAGCAGUACGCAGAGUGGUCCGUGCAUUGGCCACUCUACUAUAGAAAACCAGCAAAUGAGUUAACAACGUUAGCAAAAGAGGACGUAAAAAAAUUCAUACACUUUGUAAAGAUCGCAAUUCGAGUUGGGAAAAAUUUCGGCACAUGCCAAGGUGGCUGCGUCUUAACGCACAAUCAUAAAAUUAUUGCCUGUUCAGGUGAUAAUAUAAAAAAUCACCCACUGCAUCAUGCGGUGAUGUUGGCCAUUGAACAGGUUUCCUUCAAAUUACGCCACCUGUGGAGAAUGAAAAAGGAAGUGCACACGCGAGCAAGCGAUUGUAAUGGGAACACUACGGGUUGCAUCACAAAUCACGUGCAGAAUGCGCACACCUCGGAAUGUUUAAGCGGCCCCAGUAACAAAAAAUGCAAAAUUGGAAGUGGUGAAGGGGGCAGCGCGUCGGGUGGAAGCACGCCGUACUUGAAAUGUGAAGCGGCGGAUGAGGGUGAAGAAGUCGAUGGUGGGGCCGCCGAUGGAACCGCUGACAGAACCGCUGACAGAACCGCUGAUGGAACCACUGAUGGAACCACUGAUGGGGAAGACCUCACGCGGCUAUCCUUGCUCAACCCUGUUGAGGACGACCAGUACCUAUGCACCAACUAUUACGCCUACCUAAGCCACGAACCCUGCUUUAUGUGUGCAAUGGCGAUGGUGCACUCGCGCGUUAAAUGUGUCAUCUUUGAUGAAGUGAAUCGAGACAACGGGGCCUUGUUCAGUCGGGCGAAGCUGCACUGUGUGAAGAACCUCAAUCACCAUUUUAAGGUCUACAGAACGGUGCGCAACAAGUCGUGA